AUGCCCGUGCUGUCGCCGCGCCCCCGCGCGGCCGCGCGCGGCGCCGGCGGCGAUAGCGCGCCGGCGGGCAUGGGCAUGAUGAUGGGCCAGGACACGGUUGGCGGCUCCGCCGGCGGCAUGAGCAUGGGCGGAGGCAUGGGCAUGGGGCCAAUGAUGGGACCCGGCCAGCAGAUGGGCUACAUGCAGGCCGCCAUGGCGCUGCUGGCCAACCACCAGAAAGUCUCGCGCAGCUUCCAUGCAAUUGCUAACGGCGUUCAGUCCACCACCACCUCGUCGGACCCCGCCGUGGCUGCGCUAAUCCAGGCGCACGUCGCGCAGAUGCGCGCCGCGCUCGCGCGCUGCGCGGCGGCGCCGGGCGGCGGGUGCGGCGCGGGCGCGGCGCCGGUGCGGCCGCGCGACCCGCUGUUCGCGGCUGUUUUUGCCAAUGCCAGAGACCUGUCGCUGCAGGCCACAAAUACGACGACGCAAGCCGGCGCCCCCCUGGGCGUGGCCGCCGUGGAGACCGGGAAGACCCCGUUCGCCACCAAACUCGCCCUGGCCCACGCCGCCGUCGUGGACGACUUUGUGACGCGCGGCAUGGCGGCCGCCAUGGAGUCUCACACGGUCCCAAAGGCGUGA